AUGAAAGGUAUCGGUGCUUCGGUAAACGACAGCGAUCUCGAAAUGGAAACCGAAGCACCUCGGUUGGAUCAGCUGCUCGGAUUGGAUGUGGUGCAGCACCUGGAACCGAAAGAAAGAAAUAGGCAAGAAGCCAUUAAAGAACUAUUCCACACAGAGCGCACACAUGUGCGAAAUUUGAAAGUGCUGUCUGGAGUAUUCCAUAAGCCCAUGUCGUGGAAUAACGUGGCGUCCUCGGAUGUAAGGGAACUGCUCUUCGCGAACCUUGAUGAAGUUAUAGAGAUCCACAUGGGAAUGUCACGCCAAAUGCGACAAGCUGUUGAGAAAUGGAGAAGAGAUCCUAGUGUCAGCGGUCUUUAUGGAAAUGUAGGUGAGCUCUUGGAAAAUAUGUUUGACGGUGAAGCUGGUGAAAAGUUCCUGCAAGUCACCACAAUAUUUUGCGAAAACCAAGAGCAUGCGCUCGAUGUCCUACGAACAAGAUGCGAAACGGAUAAAGAUGAAUCGUUGGUGCGAUUCCUCGUCGAAGCCGGAGAAAACCCCUUGUGUCGGAGAUUGCAACUGAAGGACCAUCUUCCAGUUGAGAUGCAACGGCUGGUAAAGUAUCCGCUUCUGUUGGAAGCGAUCGCGAAAUAUACGGACGUGGAGAGCGAGGAAUAUGAUCGUCUUCUCCGUACAGUGGAGUCGACGAAACGCAUUCUGAGAGGGGUGAAUACGGCAAAGGAAAACGCCGAAAAUGUUCGCCGCCUUGAAGAGCUGCAACGGCGGUUGGACACAACCCCGUUCGAUAAGGAGUAUGGAGGCCAUGACUACGCCCACCUGGACUUGACAAGAUAUCGGCUUGUGCACCACGGGCCACUGACGUGUCGGUUUAGUCGUAAAAAAGCGAUUAAACUACAUGUUGUGCUGCUGGAAAACAUGCUGGUUUUCCUUACAAAACACGGCAAUGACAAGUUGCAGUUAAAGGCUUUGGAAACUUCAAAAAAGACGAAACGGUUUCCGAUUAUGCCGUUGACUUCUGUAAUGGUCAAGGAGAAUGCGGAUGAUAAGUGCGCCCUCUUUCUUAUACUCGACACGAAAGACGGUGCCGAAAUUUACGACCUCGUCGCCGUCACAGCAACUGAAGUUAAAACGUAG